CUUCCAGGAAAAUAGCUGGUGAGGUGCAUAAAAGUGGGCAGCCCUGAUCUCAAAACCCAGACUCAUCUUAUCCUUAGAUGUGCUGAGACUAAAGCCAUACUAUAAUACUUCUGUUGGAUAUCACACACCACUUAAAAUGGAGUUCUGCUUUGGAUUACUUCAGACCCGUGGAUCGAACCACUCUGCCUCAUGGAUCAGUUUGGCCAUUCUUUUCUCAAUGCUGUGCAUGUUGACUAGUGUAGAAGGCUGGUCGUACCACUACUCCAACAACACCAUGAAUUGGACAGAAGCAAGAGACUGGUGCAUGAAUCACUACACACACAUGGUGGCCAUCCAGAACCAGGGGGAGAUCAAGCAUCUCAGCAGCUGGCUGCCCGAGAAAAAAGGCCACUACUGGAUUGGGAUCCGCAAGAAAGAUAAUGUCUGGACCUGGGUGGGCACCAACAAGACUCUGACACUAGAAGCAACCAACUGGGCAAAAGGAGAACCAAACAACGCCCAGAGCACAACGAAUACAGGGGAAAGUGAGGAUUGUGUGGAGAUGUACAUUAAAAGACCUACAGAGUCGGGCAAAUGGAACGAUGAAAGUUGUAGGAAAAGCAAGACCGCUCUGUGCUACACAGCUGCCUGUAAGAAUGACUCAUGUCUCUAUGGAGAAUGUGUAGAAACCAUUAACAGCCACAGGUGUAACUGCUAUAAAGGCUUUUAUGGAGAGAAGUGUGAGCAAGUUGUUAAGUGUAACAAAGACAAUGUGACCGACCCAGAUAACGGAAGUGUAAAUUGCACUGCUAAGUAUGGAAACUUCUCCUACGAUUCCCAGUGCAGCUAUUCUUGCGUGGAAGGAUACCAGCUGAGUAUGCAGAGACCCCUGAGAUGCACUGAAAAUAAAACCUGGUCAGAGCAGCCUCCUACAUGUCAAUUGGUUCAGUGUCCGAAGCUGUCCCAUCCAGAAAGUGGAUCCAUGAAGUGCUCCGAUCCACUGGGCCCCUCCAGCUACCAGUCCACCUGUGUGUUUACCUGUGAUGAAGGCUAUGAACUUGCUGGUUCCCCAUCUAACACUCUGCAAUGUGAAGCAUCAGGAAAGUGGGAUGCCUCAACACCGUUUUGUGUUCCCGUCCGGUGCCCUGCUCUCCACCUAGAGAAUGGCAUUGUCAGCUGUGGAGACGAUGCAGACAUGAGGCUCAGCUAUGGGAACACCUGCAGCUUCAGCUGUGUCCCCGGCUAUAACCUGGUGGGACAGAGCGAGGUGACAUGCACAUCAGCAGCUAAGUGGAGUGAGGAGAUGCCUCGCUGUGAAGCCAUCACUUGCCAAAAUCCAGAGGCAGAAGCUCACCUGAUCCCCAAGUGCAGCCAGCCUUUAACUGAACUGCGGCCAGACUCAACCUGCAGCUUCAGCUGUGAAGCAGGCUUUGAAUUGCAAGGAGUGCAAACUAUUCAGUGUUCUGAGGGCGGACAGUGGACCGAAGCCAUACCUACCUGCAAAGCAAUAGUAUGUCCCGCUCCUGAGGUUCCGACAAGAGGCUAUAUCAGCUGCACCCCUUCUCUUUCUUCACCUGCUUCUGCUGGGACCCCUCAUGCAUCUGGUACAGUCUGCACCUUCAGCUGUGAUGAAGGCCAUGAGCUCCAAGGUGCACUCAGCAUGGAGUGUGUACAUUCAGGCCAGUGGACCUCCACACCACCAACCUGCACAGCCGUAAGAUGCCCGCUGCUUAAGUCUCCUGAAAACGGUCAGAUCAGCUGCUCAAACAGUGAGCUGGUAUACAACUCUCAGUGCUCCUUCACAUGCAAUCAAGAUUACUCAUUAGAUGGACAUGAGCUGCUGACAUGCAAUCAUCACGGCAACUGGACUGGAAAGGAACCAAGCUGCCAAGCUCCUGCAUCUCAGAUUGCCACCAUUGCCACUAGUGUGGCAGGAGGGGGCGCUCUGUCAUUAUCCGCUCUGUCUCUGGCUAUGUGGAUCCUGAAACGAAUGAAGCAGAAAGCAACCAAGUUUGAGCUGAACAGCAACUCUGACAUAGAAGCCCCUCCACAGGUCUACAAAAGCAGUGUUGACAGCCUCAUAUAGAGCAUGUUCUCCAGGGACAACAAAGGAUUUGACAAAAGAAUUGUCUUUUUUUAAAAAACAAAACUGUAUGAGUCAUUACUCACAGUAAUGUGAACGGUAUCUAUUAUUUUACAUUAGUAUGAAACUUAGAUGGUUAACUGGAAAAACUCAAUGUGUCAGAGCUAUCAAUGAUGAGAGGAAUGUUUUUUCAGACCUUUGCAUUUGAUGAUUUGAUGAGGUUUGCUUGAACUUCAAAACUAAUCUAUGAUUUGUUCUGUAAUGUUGACAUGUGAUUCCUCCCAAGGGGAGUUUUAAAUUGAACACAUUGUUCUAUAUCUUUAUGAACAUGCUGGAAAGGUGGCUCUAUUCAUGUUAUUGUAAAUGUUACAUAACUUUGUGCAUUGCCAUGUCAUUGCUGAACUGUGAAUUUCAGGGUUGAUGUCAGUAUUUAUGUACUAUUUAUUCAGUAGAUAGUUAUUGCAUUUGAAAUGUUGAGAACUUUCCCGUUCUUUCUGUAUUGCUUUGUUGAUUUUUUUUGUUCAUAACAAAACUUAAAACCAUCAUUUACUUUUGGCAAAAUUCAUUUUUAUGUAUCUUCCUUUAUCAUGAUUAAUAUCUGCUGUCUGUUCAACAAUAUAUAUUACA